UACCGAUUAUAUGUGAAAGAUUAGGCACAGCUGCCAGGUGCUUCGAAAUGAUGCAACAAGAGUCUGUGGAUAUUUAUUGAUGUAAUAAUGUGAUUUGGACUAAACAUUUUACUUUUGUCGGGAAGUUAUGGCUCAGUGGACUACUAUGAAGCUUCGUAGGUACAAAGACAGAUACUUUCCAGAGGCACUCAAACCAACUGUGCAUGAUCUGUUUCGGGAAGCCGUUGAAGCCCAUUGCAGCACUGAACUGCCAAGCAGCGUGGAGGUGCCCGGUUCCAGCAGGUCAACAGACAAAAGCCCACCAGCUUGCUCUUUACAGGCAAUGUUUGCUGAACUGAUGGAGGAGGAUACAGGACAAACUGAUGAGGAAAUCACAAUAGUCUCGCAGAUCAACCAAUAUCUAGCAGAGCCCGUAAUGUCACACAGUGGACAUCCACUUGCUUAUUGGCAGGCGAAUAAAGGCCGUUUCGCAGCACUUGCACAGGCAGCAAGAGCAUAUCUUUGUUCACCGUGCACAAGUGUGGAUAGUGAGCGACUAUUUAGCACGGCUGCAAACGUUAUUGAUGACAAAAGAAACCUUCUGACAUCAAAAAAUGCAGAGAUGCUCAUAGUCAUCAAGAGAAACUUGCCUUUAGUUUAUGAUUGA